CGAGAGGGGAGGGACAGGGUGAGCAAGAGACACAAGAGACAGUAAGGCAACAGACGACCACAAAGAGAGGAGAGAGAAAGAGUAGAUAAGGAGAACAAGUGUAGCAAGGGACCAGAGAAGAGAGAGAAAGAGAGAGAGCAGGACAAUCCGAAGAUCAAGAUGCCUCCUAACUUCGCCGGUACCUGGAAAAUGAAGAGCAGCGAGAAUUUUGAUGAACUUCUGAAAGCUCUUGGUGUGAACGCUAUGCUUCGGAAAGUGGCCGGUGCUGCUGCAGCCAAACCCCACGUGGAGAUCCGACAGGAUGGUGAGCAGUUCUACAUCAAGACCUCGACCACUGUACGCACCACUGAAAUCAACUUCCGCGUUGGAGAGGAGUUUAACGAGGAGACGGUGGAUGGCAGGAAAUGUAAGAGUUUGCCCAUGUGGGAGACAGAGAGUAAAAUCUACUGCAAACAGACACUGGUGGAUGGGGACGGACCAAGUACAUACUGGAGUAGAGAGCUGCGUGGAGAUGAGCUUAUCUUGAUCUUUGGGGCAGACGAUGUGGUUUGCACACGGAUUUAUGUACGAGAAUGAGGUGGACCGCUAACAGAGACAGCAACCAUGAAUAACGCAACCAGUCAGCCCUGCAUCCCAAGAUACCCUCUGUCCAAAACAAACCCGAACCCUUCAAGCAUGUCAAGCAGUGAACAUGCAUCCGUGCUGUGUAUUGUGGAGUUUGAGUUCUCAACUGUAACCUUCAUGUUGCUCCAGUUCAACGUUAUUCAGCACUCUUUAAUUAUAACUUUCUUUGUCCUUUUCUUUCACAGAUAUGUGUAUUGCAAACAAAAACAGGAACCAAAAUAAAAAAAGAAACCAAACAUCUGAAUAGUCUCUGUUACAUAUUUUCCAAAGGUUGAGAUGUCAGUGUCAUCUUUUCUA